AGUAAACAUUGCAUAAUAGCUCCCUCCCAGCCAUUGCUGUCACAUUUGACAUUGACCAGAUUUCCCUCUUAGGAUCUCUAUUCCCCUAACAAUUUGCAUAGCUGUUUUAAAUUCUAAAUUUGCCUUUUGCUUGGGAUUGGAUUUUGAGUAUUGCAGAGGGAAGACUUGAACAAAGUGUGAGCUACCUUUUCUAUGACCAUGAUCUGCAUAUGGAUGAUCUUUGUUUCUGUUUUCUUCCUUCUGGGAUCUUUCCAGCUUCCAGCUUUCCAGGAGAGAUUUUUGAUGGCUUUGGAUCCAGAAAAUUUUUUCUUUUAUUUUGGUGCUGUUUCUACUCUAGAAGCCUUCGAGUUUGAUAUAUUUCAGCUCAGCUGCCUUUGUGAAGAUCGCCAGAUCUCCAGGCCGCAAUGCAAGUCCCAGCGCUGCUCUUUCCAGGCCCUGGGAGAACCCUAUGCCUUCCAUUUCCCUGAAGAGCUCAGCCUCCUGAUCCCAUCCUUUACUAGCCAGCGGGUGAUAAACUCUUCUCUCUGGGAGCUGAAACAAUAUCCAGACAACUGCUUCACAGGAGGAAGGGUCCUAUUGCCCCCUCGGGCUGCUGCUAAAAUUACUUACUGUGCAGGGCAGUUGCAAGGAGAGGUCAUUGUGAGGGGUGAGCAGCUUUACAUUCAACCUCUGAAGAGAGAGCACUGGAGCUUGGUACCAGACUACAGUCAUACCAACCCCCACCUUAUUCACAAGACCACCCAGAGGGCGUCAGGGGCCCUGCAAGCUCAUAGACUUUACCCUCGGAUCUCAAAGCGGGCUCUAGGAAGCAUCAAACAUCUGGAGCUACUGGUUGUGGUGGGUCAUGAUGUCUAUGAGUACCACAAGGAAGAUACAGAGCGAUAUAUCCUCACCAACCUCAAUAUUGGGGCAGAACUGCUGAGAGAUAUUUCCAUAGGAGUCCCAUUCCGAGUUCACCUGAUAAAGAUGAUCAUUCUGACUGAGCCAGAGGCUGGUCUGAAUAUCACCACCAAUCUCACCUCUUCACUGCUCAGUGUGUGUGAAUGGAGCCAGAGGAUCAAUCCCCCAGAUGAUACCCACCCACACCAUGCUGACUUGGUCCUCUACAUCACAAGGUUUGAUCUGGAGCUGUCAGAUGGCAACAAGCAGGUUCGGGGGGUGACCCAGCUCGGGGGUGCUUGCUCCUCCUCCUGGAGCUGCCUUAUUACGGAAGAUACCGGCUUUGAUCUGGGGCUCACCAUUGCUCAUGAGAUUGGGCACAGCUUUGGUAUUAAUCACGAUGGGGCUGAGGAAAACAGCUGCAGCAGCAAUGACCACAUCAUGGCCCCUGGUGGCCCCCCAAACAGCAUCGGUCUCACCUGGUCCCAGUGCAGCCGGGAGCAAUUUCUCCACUUUAUUAGCACAGGGAAGGCAAGCUGUGUGAAUGACCUGCCUCACCUGGAAGCGGCGAUCCCCCGCGCAGAGCCGGGCCUCUACUACGGGGCCGAGGAGCAGUGCAGAGUUGCCUUUGGGAGUGCCGCGAUUGCCUGCACCUUCUCCAGGGAUGAUAUUGAUAUGUGCCAAGUGCUAUCCUGCCAUACAGACCCUGGGGACCAAACCAGCUGUAGUCGCAUCCUUAUCCCACUCCUGGAUGGAACGGAAUGUGGAGCCAAUAAGUGGUGCUCUAAGGGCCACUGCCGUUCUCUGGAAGAGUUGACCCCAGUGUCCUUGGUACAUGGACAGUGGUCUAGUUGGGGUCCUCCUAGCACUUGCUCCCGAACCUGUGGAGGAGGAGUCAUCACCAGAAGGCGGCACUGCAACAACCCCCGACCUGCCUUUGGUGGUCGUGACUGCGUGGGAGCCGAUCUCAAGGCUGAACUGUGUAACACUCAGGCCUGUGGGAAGACACAGCUAGAGUUCAUGUCUGAGCAAUGUGCUGCGACUGAUGGGAAGCCACUUUACCUCACUCCAGGGAUCCCCACCUACUAUAGCUGGAAGUCAGCUGCUCAGUACAGCCAAGGAAAUGAUCUGUGCAAGCACACGUGCUGGGCAGCUGGAAAGAAUUUCGUAGUGAGCCGUGGGGAAAGUUUCCUGGAUGGGACUCGCUGUGUGCCCACAGAUCACCAGGCAGAGGGGACCACAAACCUCUGUGUGAUGGGCAGAUGCAGGGCAUUUGGAUGUGAUGGUGGAAUGGAUUCUGGAUAUGUGAAGGAUGUGUGUCAGGUCUGUGGGGGAGACAACACCACAUGCAGCAAAGUGAGCGGCUUUUACUCUGGAGGGAAAGCCCAAGAAUAUGUCACAUUCUUGACAAUUCCUCCUAACUUCACCACUGUGCAUAUCACCAACCAGAAACCUCUCUUCACACACCUGGCUGUGAAGGUAAGAGGACAGUACGUGGUCUCUGGGAAGAAGAGCAUCUCAUUCAACACCACUUAUCCCUCGGUCCUGGAAGACAACCAGAUUGAGUACAAGGUGUUCCUCACCAAGGACAAGAUGCCCCACCUAGAGGAGAUCCACAUCAGAGGACCCACCCAAGAGGACAUUGAAGUCCAGGUUUACAGGAAGUAUGGCAAUGAAUAUGGAAACCUCACCAACCCAGAGAUCACUUUCAGCUACUUCAAGCCUAAGCAGCUGCAGGCCUCCGUGUGGGCAAUGGUACCUGGGGCCUGUUCAGUAAGCUGUGGGGAAGGAGUGCGUCAGGUGAAUUAUAGCUGCUAUGACCAAGCCCAGGACAAAUGGACUGAUGAUGUCUACUGUGCAGGGAUUGUGAAGCCCCUAUCAUGGCAGGAACUCUGCACCCCUGGGCCGUGCCCCCCACACUGGGCAGCAGGAGACUUUGGUCCUUGCAGCACCACCUGUGGGGAAGGAGUGCGAGAGCGGACAGUAAGCUGUGUGAAGGUGGAGGGCAACCGUACCCUGACGUUACCGGAAUCCCACUGUCUGGCUUCUCUCCAGCCCCCUGCUGCUGAGGCCUGCAGCCCCCAGCUCUGCCUUACCAGGUGGAAGGUGUCGGAACCCGGUCCAUGCUCGUCUGCCUGUGGUCUGGGUCUAGCCCAGAGGAAUGUGACGUGUGUGCAUGAAGGGGAUGGGCUGGAAGGCCCGGUGGACGAUGGGCUGUGCUCUGUGGAAGAAAAGCCUCCUCAUCUCCUGCCCUGUGUGGUGACUGUCUGCCCCCUGGGCUGGAAUACUCAAGAUUCUGGGUCCCUCUUGGAACAAGCUAUGGACCAAUUGGGAGCUUCCUGGAAGGAGAAUCUAACAGUACAUGUGUGGAGCCCUCUGGUUGGGGAAUGCUCAGUCUCCUGUGGUACAGGCUUAAGGGAGCUACGCUAUGUUUGUUUGGACUUUGCCAGCAGGAAGGAAGUCCAGGAAGAGAAAUGUAACCCAGUGAACCCACCAGCAAAUCAGAUGAUGGUGUGCCAUGCUGCUGCCUGUCCACCUAGGUGGGAGGUUAAAGCUCUGGCCCCUUGUCCAGUGACCUGCGGAGGGGGGAAAGUGCCCCUCUCUGUCCACUGUGUGAGGCAGAACAGAGGCCUGACUCUCAGCCUUCCUCAUUCCAAGUGUUGGGGGGUGCCCCGGCCCAGCAGCUCCCGGGACUGCAGCCCAGAGCCUUGUCCUGCCAGGUGGCGGCACAAGCUGGCAUCCUGCAAUGUAAGCUGUGGGGGAGGAGUGGUCCGCAGGAUCCUCUACUGUGCCAGGGCUCUCGGGGAGACCGGGGAGGAGAUUGUGCCCGACCCCCAGUGCCAGGGGCUACCUCGCCCAGAGGAGCAGGAGCCCUGCAACCUAGACCCUUGCCCACCCAGGUGGAAAAUAGUGUCGAGCAGCUCAUGCUCAGCGAGCUGUGGUCUGGGCAUGGUCACGCGCACCCUGGCCUGCGUGCAGCUGGAUCAUGGAGAAGAAGCAGAGGUGGAGGAGGGAGCCUGCGCCACCUUGGAGAGGCCCCCAGCUAGCAUCCCUUGCAUUGUAGCAGACUGUACCUACCAAUGGCAUUUCAGCGACUGGUCAGAGUGUUCCGCCUCAUGUGGGAAUGGGAUCCAGCGCCGCCAUGAUUUCUGCGUCAGACCCUACCAGUCCCACACUGCAGUCCCUGCCGUCUUCUGUCAGCACAUCCCCAAGCCUGUGACUGUGAGGGGCUGCUCUGCGGGGCCCUGCGAGAGGCGGCUGGUCCCCAAAGUGAAGGCACAGCAGGAAGCCACCACUGCCAGGAGCCUGACAGCAGCAGCUCCUGCUCUAGCCCUCCAGGGUCCUCAGGACAGAGCCCUGGCUGUCCCCCGCCUCUUCCCACCUUCAUCUGUUCGACCCGAGGAACCUCCCGAGCAGGAAGAGAGCACUGGUACUUGUGGAAAGCAAUACCUUAAACCUGCAGGGACUAUCAAUAUGACUGGCACGCAGGUGGCCAAGUGUGCAGUAGCCAUUGGUAGACCUUUGGGAGAGAUGGUGGUCUUCCAAGUCCUGGAGAGCUCCCUCAACUGCAGUGUUGGGGAGAUGCUGCUGUUUUGGGGACGGCUCACCUGGAGGAAAGCCUGCAAGAAUUUGGCAGGGGUGACAUUCAUCUCCAAAACCAACACCCUGGUGGUGAGACAGCACUUGGUAUUCCCAGAAAAUGGUGUGGUGCUGCAGUACUGGAGCCAGUUAGCCACAGAAAAUUAUCACAAAGAAUGUGACAUGCAACUCUUUGGUCCUAGAGGAGAAAUUGUGAUUCCUCCACGGGGCCAGGAGGUGAGAGAGCAAGGAGGAUGUCGAGUUUUCAUCAGUGUGGCUCCGGAAGCUCGGAUAGCCAUUCACGCUCUGAACAUUGAUCUGGGGACAGAAGCCAAUCAGACAUCUGACAGCUACAUUUUGAUCCAUGACAUGCACAAUAUGAAGAUGGUAAUAUUCCAUGGGCAGCAGUUAUUCUACUGGGAGUCAGCAGGAAGCCAAGCUGAAAUUGAGUUCAGUGAGAGCUUCCAAAAGGACCACAUCAGUUUUCAGGGUCAAUAUUGGAUCCUUAAAUAGAGUAAAGUCAAAAUCUUCCUCUGGAAAUGGCCUAAGGUGGGACCUUAGGUCUCUGAAAACUUAUUCUUAACUUUGCUGUUUACAUCUCUGCUGAUCAUAACCCCAUGUCUGACC